AAGCCCAUCUUUCUAUUUAUUUUAGUACUGUUGAAAAAUACAACUGUUUACAGUUGAAUAAAGUAUUUCAACAUUCAAAAUGAAGUUGACUGUUGAUGGUUUGUUGGUGUAUUUCCCUUACGAUUAUAUUUACCCAGAGCAAUAUGCGUAUAUGCUGGAGUUAAAAAGAGCACUUGAUGCAAAAGGCCAUGGUCUUCUUGAAAUGCCUUCAGGUACUGGAAAGACUAUUUCUUUGCUGUCUUUGAUUGUUGCAUACAUGAUCCAAAAUCCACACCAUGUAAGAAAGUUGAUCUACUGCUCCCGUACUGUUCCUGAGAUAGAGAAGGUGCUAGAAGAGUUAAAGAAUUUGAUAAAGUACUAUGAGCAGCAGCAGGGUGAGAAACCCAGCCUGGUUGGAGUUGUGCUCAGCUCUCGGAAGAACCUGUGCAUACAUCCAGAGGUGUCGAGAGAAAGAGAGGGCAAAUUGGUAGAUGGCAGGUGUCACUCUCUCACCGCCAGUUACAUACGGAACAGACAUGAGAGGAAUCCAGAUGUACCUAUAUGCCAGUUCUACGAGGGCUUCAACCGAGAAGGCAAGGAGUCCAUGCUACCGUACGGAGUGUACACCAUGGAUGACCUGAAGCAGUACGGCGCGGACCGGAACUGGUGCCCUUACUUCCUGUCACGAUUCGCCAUAAUUCACGCCGAAAUCGUAGUAUACUCGUACCACUACCUCCUCGACCCGAAGAUCGCGGAAGUGGUUUCCAAAGAGCUGAACAAAGAGGCCGUGGUGGUGUUCGACGAAGCCCACAAUAUCGACAACGUGUGUAUCGACUCGCUGAGCGUGAAGAUCACACGUCGGACGAUAGACAAGAGUGUCACAGCGCUACAGAAUUUGGAGAAGGCCGUGGCACAGAUCCGCGAAGAGGACGCAGCGCGCUUGACGGAGGAAUACGAACAAAUGGUGACCGGGCUGCGAGAGGCGGCCGAGCAGCGAGACGCCGACGCCAUCUUAGGAAACCCCAUUUUACCCGACGAGGUGCUUAACGAGGUGGUUCCCGGCAACAUACGCAACGCAGAGCACUUCCUAGGUUUCCUGAAGCGGUUUAUAGAAUAUCUUAAGACCCGGCUACGGAUCCAGCACGUCGUACAAGAGUCACCCGCAGGUUUCCUAAAAGACGUCGCCGCCCGCGUCUGCAUCGAGCGCAAACCUCUCCGCUUCUGCGCAUCUCGGCUCUCUUCUCUCAUGCGGACACUAGAGAUCCCGGACCCGGGCCAGCUGGGCGCGCUGACCCUCGUGGCGCACCUGGCUACCUUAGUGUCCACGUACACGAAGGGCUUUGUGGUUAUCAUUGAGCCUUUUGAUGAUAAAACGCCUACUGUGUCAAAUCCUAUACUGCAUUUCUCGUGUAUGGAUUCGUCAAUAGCCAUGAGGCCGGUGUUCGCCAGAUUCCAAACAGUCAUCAUAACCUCAGGUACGCUGUCGCCACUGGACAUGUACCCGAAGAUCCUGGACUUCAACCCGGUCGUCAUGAGCUCCUUCACCAUGACGCUGGCGCGGCCCUGCAUACUGCCCAUGAUAGUUUCAAAAGGUAGCGACCAGGUGACGAUAUCAUCAAAAUACGAGACGCGGGAAGAUGUUGCAGUAAUAAGAAACUACGGGCAACUACUAGUAGAGAUAGCAGCAAACGUGCCGGACGGAGUGGUGUGUUUCUUCACUUCGUACAUGUAUCUGGAGAGCGUAGUUGGCGCCUGGUACGACCAAGGAGUCGUGGCGAAUUUACAAAGGCACAAGCUGCUUUUUAUCGAAACUCAAGACUCGGCCGAAACUAGUUUUGCACUCGUCAAUUAUAUAAAGGCGUGCGAGAGCGGCCGAGGGGCCGUGCUGCUGUCCGUGGCAAGAGGCAAGGUAUCAGAAGGCGUGGACUUCGACCACCACCUCGGGCGCGCCGUGCUCAUGUUCGGCAUCCCAUACGUGUUCACGCAGAGCCGCAUACUGAAGGCGCGCCUCGAGUAUCUGCGCGACCAGUUCCAGAUUCGUGAAAACGAUUUCCUAACGUUUGACGCGAUGAGGCACGCGGCGCAGUGCGUCGGUAGAGCCCUUCGCGGUAAGACGGACUACGGCAUCAUGGUGUUCGCCGACAAGCGGUUCAGCCGCGCCGACAAACGCACCAAGCUGCCGCGCUGGAUACAGGAGCAUCUCAAGGACUCGCUGUGCAACUUGAGCACAGAAGAGGCAGUGCAGAUAUGCAAGCGGUGGCUACGUCAGAUGGCGCAGCCGUUCACGCGCGAGGACCAGCUCGGCGUGUCGCUGCUGACGCUGCAGCAGCUACAGUCGCGAGAGCAGCAGGAUAAGAUCGAGAAACAGGUCAUAUUGCACUGACCUACAACUAUCAUUUCGAUAGCUUGUCGCUACGUGG